AUGUUAAAAAGUUUAGUGUUCCAUCGCAACUUAACGCACUCGUAUCAGAGUAUACGCCACAAGGAGAAGGAGAAAGCCCACAGAUUCGAUAUUGGCAACCUGGAUGCGCCGCUCUUGGAUAAAAACACGGAUUUAAACGGCAAUGAUGGCACUAGCUCGAAUCAUGUGGUUCGACUUGAUGUCAUUCCCGAUUGGAUUGAGCUCGUUGACGAGUGUAACUUCCUGCUGUCGAGUGUUCGCGACAAGGUGAAGGAGCUUGAAAAGGCGCAGAACAUGAACAUUCUGGACGUGUUCGGCAAGAAAGCCAGGAACGAGUACGAGAAGAUCGCUAAUCUGUCCAAGGAUAUUUCGUCGAUCUUCAAGAAGAUUGAGGCGAACAUGGAGUCGAUAUCCAGGGACGUUGACGAGUACGUCGAACACCGCCUGAGGAGCAACGCCAAGGCGAAAAUAGCCAGCGAGCUAAUUCCCCUCUCGUUCACCUUCCGGAAGAUACAGAAGAGCUUUUACGACUCUCUUCAGAACGACUCUCAAAACUCAUACACUAAGCCUGAUAUUAAUGUAAACAAUAAUUUGGUGACUGACGAGUUGGUUCAAGACUCAGUUCAAAUAACUCAUGAAAAUAUCGCAGAUCGUACCAUGCGGCUUCAACAAAUUGCACUCACUGUUCAAGAUUUAAAGGAUAUGUACACUCAAUUAUCCACCAUGCUUGUUGAACAGGGCUCCAUGUUGGAUCAGAUCGACUACAAUGUCAGGGAAUUUUCACGCAAUUCACAUAAAUUCGCUCAAGAGUUAAAACUUCGCAACGAGCGCGACAACCCUAAAAAGGCUGUUAAAGCAGUUCGAUAUUUAGUCUCUGUUAUCUUCGUAGAGGUACUAGACCAAUUUAAAAUUAACGUUUUAUUAGCUUUUCCUCGUGAUAAUAAAGUUCGCUUAGUAUCAUUUGUAACUUUACACGUGUAA